GCUCCACGUUAAGCCCGCCUGGUUAUUUCCUCCCGUGGGAGUGGAUGACAGACACCUGUCAGGACGCAAAAAACGCGCAACCAUAUAGUUUUAACGCACGACUCGCACGCCAGAUUUGAUUUUACGCAAGAAUGUUAAUCCGCCUGCCUGAAGACACAGCUUCGGGCAAACAAUGUUUUAUUAAUGGCCGCAAAACCCAACACCUCAGUCUGUGUUGCCGUGUAUAUGAGCCUUGUAUACUUCCAUUACGCACAGGAGAGCGUUCACAUGCCUUUUGGACGGGCUCUCCAGGCAGAAUGGAGCAGCGCGCAGGAGGAGACUUGGUGAUUCAUGAGGACCACACGGAGGGCGGCAGUGAAACACGAGUAUGAGGCAUCUUUAUCACCUUAUUAAAUUAACUUCAUAAAUUUCCCUUCGAGUUGAGGCUAUUAAUAUUAUACCUAUCUGAUCAUGGUGCGCGUACUCGUGUUCCACAGGCUCAGGAGUAGAUUUCGUCCUCCAAGAAGUUCAAGACUCCCUCCAGUAAAGUCCUUCUGAUUAUUUGCUUGUACAUUUCUUUCUUUUAUUUUUUUCUUCAACUGAACAACGGAGUAUUUGCGCUAUGGCAGUUGAACCCUGAGGGGAGAUGGAUUUAGAAGUGAAGGAUGGGAACGGGUCGAACUGUUUGUCCCGGAAUGAGAGCGACCCCGGACUGAGCGCGUCCUCUCCUGGAGUGUCCACUGCGCUGGCCAGCGUGCUGAUCUUUACCAUCGUGGUAGACAUCCUGGGUAAUGUCCUCGUCAUCCUGUCCGUGUACAGAAACAAAAAACUCAGGAAUGCAGGCAACAUCUUUGUGGUGAGUUUGUCCAUCGCAGACCUGGUGGUGGCGCUGUAUCCUUACCCUCUGGUCCUGACCGCCAUCUUCCACAAUGACUGGACCAUGGGCGACUUGCACUGCCAGGCCAGCGGCUUCAUCAUGGGCCUCAGCGUCAUCGGUUCCAUCUUCAACAUCACAGCCAUCGCCAUCAACCGCUACUGCUACAUCUGCCACAGUCUCCACUACGACCGUCUGUACAGCCUGAGGAACACCUGCUGCUACCUGGGCCUCACCUGGCUGCUAACCGCCAUCGCCACCAUACCAAACUUCUUCGUGGGCUCACUUCAGUACGAUCCCCGCAUCUACUCUUGCACCUUCGCCCAGACCGUCAGCUCGUACUAUACUAUCUCCGUGGUGGUUAUCCACUUUGUAAUCCCCCUGCUGGUGGUUUCGUACUGCUACUUGAGGAUAUGGGUGCUGGUGAUUCAAGUGAAACACAGAGUUAAGCCUGAGCAAAGGACUAAACUCAAACCUAGUGACGUGAGGAACUUCCUGACUAUGUUUAUGGUGUUUGUGUUGUUUGCAGUAUGCUGGGCUCCUCUGAACCUCAUAGGUCUGGCUGUAGCUAUAAACCCCGUGAAAGUCGCACCAAAUAUACCCGAGUGGCUGUUCGUCACCAGCUACUUCAUGGCGUACUUCAACAGCUGCCUCAAUGCCAUCAUAUAUGGACUGUUGAACCAAAACUUCCGCAAAGAGUACAAGACAAUCCUCCUCGCUCUUUGUAUCCCUCGCUUGCUCAUCAUGGAGACUUCCAGAUGUGCCACAGAAGGCCUGAAGAGUAAGCCUUCACCCGCUGUAACAAACAAUAAUGUAGCAGAAAUAAAUGUAUGAACUCAAGUGUCACGGGGAAACUGACAUAAAGUUACACUGGAGCCUCAUUGCUGACGUGUGCCACAAUCCUCUCAGUGCCUUUACCACAGAGCAUGCUGUUUUUCCAGUUGUAAAGAUGUAAUUAUGUUUGGACAGGACACUGACACCAGCCUAUUUCUUUCUUUAUUGACUGGGAAAACAAUUAAGUAUAGCACCAGGGUAGUGUAAUGAUCUGUGAGAGUCCGGACAGGAGUCACAUUAGAUCCACUAACUGGUUAAAUAAUUCAAUUAAAAAAAUACUGACGAUAAUAAAAACAACUCUCCUCUGCUGUGAUGACAAUCUUCUUGAAAGCUUUAACACUGAAAGUAAAUAUAUAUCCUGGAUAUGUAUUUGCAUCCUGGAUCUCUAAAUACAUAACCUGGAUAAUUGUUUCCUCAUAUUCUAAAUACAUAUUUGCUGAAUCCAAAACAAACCAUCUUAAUGUUAUCACAUCGAUCCCUGUAUUUGGAUUGGAACACUAUUUCAGCUACAUCUGAGCAUGGGUGUAUCACAUGCACACAAAUGACUUGCUGCAUAUUUGCACAGAUCGAUUAUGAGUCCAUCAUCAACAUUCUGAAAAGAAAUUAAACAUUUUUCUCCAUUCCCACUGUGUCUUUCACAGUCUUAAAUGCAGCAUUAAUGAUGACAAGCCUGAAGGUUCGUUGUUUUUCUUCAAUAGAGCACUUAAUCUAAUUUUAAACUGAAUCGCUUUCGUUCACCGCUUAGUCCAAUUACCAGGGAUCUAAUAGUAUUAUUAGUAUUUUUGCUCGUGAAUAUUAAAGUUGGAACAGCGCCAGGUCUAGAAAUACAUUUUAGCUAUGUGUUGUGAAGUUACAGUCCCAUAUUUCAGAGGGGUAUUCCGUACAAACUUUGCCUCCAUUUCACUGAGAAUAUAAGCUGUAUUAAUACACCGUGAUACUGUUUCACCCUCAGGCUUGUCUUCUGAGCAGCGAUGCCUUCACAAAAUACACUAGGAAGAUUGUAGAAGCUUUGGCUCUGGUUGAAUUCAUGGGUGAAAAUGUGAGAGUGGUUUUGUGAGCUAAAGGAAGAUGUUGUGCCUUGCUGCAGAACUUCUCUCAUUGCUGUCACUUCUUCCGGUAAACAAAAUUCUCUGAAACUAUAUUGUGCAUGUCUUAAAGUAAACUACCUCCCCAUGGUUAAGUACAUCAGACUGAUUAGUUGGAUUAAUGAAUUCAAAGCCCCAGGCAUCCCUCUUUCAGACCUUCAAUGAUUCAGGCAUUUGCAAAAUUUGAAGGGGGAAGAAGAGAAAAUAAACAAAGCGAUGUUUCUUGUUUAUUAAAUGCCUUCAGGAUAAGAUAUGAUAUCAGGAACCAGAUGUAAUUUUGUGAUAGUGGUAGUGUGCCAGAGCACAUGUCAUCUUAGCCAAGAUCAGCUCUGACAGCCUCCAAGCAAAACUUCAACUAAGCAAAUAGACAAAUAAAACUGUGAGCAUGUCACCUUACAAGGAGUUUCAAAAUUGUGACACAUUCUUGAUAAGAUGCACUGUUAGCGGAAUAUUAAAGAGAUUACACAUCUCUAAUGUCUAAUUCAAAUGAUUUAUAUAUUUACAGAUUGGUGUCGAGUUUGUGAUUUAUGAUUUUGCUGGUGGAAACUAAUCUUGGAUAGGCUACUUGAAACUAUCUCCACAGACAGUGUAUGUGAUCAGAUCUGUGUGUCUGUGGGUCUUAGAUCAUUACAAGAAGCUGCAAACUAUCAGGUGCUUUCAUAUUACCGAACAACAACAUUGCACAAACUGCUCAAUUCCACUUGCAAUCUUACAAGUCAGUGUGUGUGAAGUGGAGAAGAUGCAGCCCACAUGCCAGUGCAAGGUCAGCCACAGAUGAGUGGCGAAAGGGACUCGAGGCA